AUGUCGAAACCACGAGCCGACUGGGAGCAGGUCGGCGAUCGGUUCUAUCGAAAGACACAGCUGUACACCUCCGUCUUCGACCCCGAUCUCGAGCUCGAGAACCACGUCGUCACUGGAGCUCCAUAUAGCGGCGCUGUAGCUGUCUAUCGGGAUGAGUCAAAGAUCUUCUCUCAUCGGGGCGCGCAAACGACGAAGCCGACCAUUGACAUAUACAGUUGUGCUGGGAAGCUAAUACGGCAGAUCGCAUGGGACAGAGGGACUAUAAAGGCUGUCGGCUGGUCAGAAGAUGAGAGACUACUGGUCGUGACCGAUGACGGCAACGUGAGGAGCUAUGCAGAUCUACAAGGCGAGUUCACUCCGUUCAGCUUGGGUCAGGGCGCAGAGGAACGUGGUGUACAAGCUUGCAAGUUCUGGUCUACUGGUUUUGCGGCUCUCCUGGGCGACAAUAGCAUCGUUGCUGUCACGCGAUAUGACGAACCGAGACCACAGCUGCUGGCAUCAGCACCGCAUGGAGAAAUUGUUGCCUGGUCUGUCCUACCGCCAGAGUACACAUCUUCACGCUCGGUAGAAGUCCUGCUGGCGAUCGAUAAGACUGUGUAUGUUGUGGAUGCGUCAGAGUGCGAAGAUCGCGGUCUCGAAGCGGGACCGUUCAGACACAUCGGCAUCUCACCGAACGGCAAGUUCAUAGCGCUAUAUACAGAUGACAGCAAAGUCUGGGUCAUCAGCAGCGACUUCCAGGCGCGUCUCAGCGAGUACGACUCAAAAGUUAAAACACCACCCAAAGAUCUGCAGUGGUGUGGAAAUAAUGCAGUGGUAUUGGCUUGGGAGGAUGAAUUGCAUCUAAUCGGACCCAACGGCGCUGCUUCAAAAUCCUACUACGACUCCUUCAUGCACCUACUGCCUGACAUAGAUGGCAUUCGAGUACUGACGAACGACGUGUGCGAGUUUCUGCAAAAGGUCCCGGAUCCCACUGAGGAGGUCUUUCGUCUCGGCUCAACAUCUCCUUCGUCUGUGUUGUUGGAUGCCCUAGAUCAUCUGGAGCGGAAGUCGCCAAAAGCAGAUGACAACAUUCAACUUAUCCGCACGAGUCUCGACGAGGCCGUCGAUACCUGUGUUCGAGCUGCCGGGCAAGAGUACAGCAUACACUGGCAGAAGCAGUUGCUCAAAGCUGCUUCUUUUGGCAAAUCAGUACUCGACUUGUACAACAGUGACGACUUCGUCGAUAUGACGGAGGCGCUGCGAGUUUUGAACGCUGUGCGCUUCUACGAAGUCGGCAUACCCGUUUCGUACGAACAAUAUAUUCGCUUGACUCCGGAGAGGCUGGUGCAGCGCCUGGUGAACAGGCACGAAUACUUGCUUGCACUGAAAGUUUCCGAGUAUUUGAACUUGCCUGUAGACAGGAUAUAUGUCCACUGGGCAGGGCAGAAAGUACGAUCAACAAGCACGAACGAGGACGGUAUCUGCGACGAGAUUGUGCGAAAGCUCAACGGCAAACGUGGCAUUUCCUUCGAAGAAGUGGCACGCGCAGCAUACGACGAAGGUAGAAGGGACCUUGCCAUCGAACUUCUUGAGCACGAACCACGAGCGGGCAAGCAGGUACCGCUGCUGCUCAGUGUUGGCGAGGAGACAAUAGCACUGGACAAGGCCAUCGAGAGCGGCGACACGGAUCUGGUGUUUUACGUACUACUCACCCUCAAGAAGAAGAUUCCACUGUCCAACUUUUUCCGGACGAUCAAUAGCCGAUCAGUUGCUACAGCCAUCGUAGAGUCAUCAGCUAUUGAUCAGGACCAGGAGCUUCUGAAGGAUCUGUACUACCAAGAUGACCGCCGUGGUGAUGGCUCGAAUCUACUCGUUACAGAAGCACUCUCAGCAUCAGACCUUGGCCCUGCCACAGACAAAUUGAAGAUGGCUGCGAAGCUACUACGUGACAGCAAGGAGUACGCAACGCAAGUCACUGCUCUCGAGGAGGCGCAGAAGUUACUGCGCUUCCAAGAAGCCUUUGAGAAGGAUCUCAACGAUCGCUUCAUUGGUCUGAGCGUUAACCAGACCAUGAGCAAGCUGAUUGACAAGGGUCAUAUGAAGCGAGCGGCGAAGGUACAGACGGAGUUCAAAGUCAAUGACAAGGUCUACUGGUGGACGAAGUUACGAGCACUUGUCCGUAAGCGGGAUCUGAGAGAGCUGGAGGAAAUGAGCAAGAUCAGGAAGAGUCCCAUCGGGUGGGAGCCGUUCUACAACGAGAUACUCGGCGCUGGCAAGACGGAACUUGCGGCCCUUUUCAUCCCAAAGUGCACGACUUUGACAAUGGCGGAGAGAAUCGAGAUGUGGAUGAAGUGUGGUAAGGUUGCUAAAGCUGGCGAGGAGGCUCUCAAGGCGAAGGAUAGAGGUGCGCUGGAGGACUUGAGGAAGCAGGCGAGUGGGAACGCUAUGCUCGAUAUUGAUCGCAUGAUCAGUCAGUUGCAGAAAGGGCGUUGA